AUGGCUUUGUUUCAAGUAGAUGGGUGGGAUUUGAAUACCAAACAGGUUUCUUACGACAGUGCCAACGCCAAAAAAGAGCAAAAGAAAAAGGUCAGAAAGGAAAGAGCCAAAAAGAUAGAACAGAGCAGAUUGAAGGAGACCGAAAAUGAAUAUGCUGACUAUAACAUCGAAGAAGAUGAUGAGGAGGCUGUAGGUUCGAAGCAAGUUUCUGCAGAAGAAGCGGAAAAAGAUGCUCAUCCCAAGAAAAAGGUCAAGAACACUAGUGACAAACCUGUUUCCAAGAAGAGACCAUUGAGCGAUGUAGAGCCCGCAUCUAAGGUCACAAAAAAACAAUCAGACGAUGGAAGUGCUUCCAAAAAACCUUUGACUGCACUCCAGCAAAAAAUGCUGACGAAAUUGAGCGGAUCACGUUUUAGAUGGAUCAAUGAGCAGCUGUACACAACGUCUUCCAACAGUGCGCUUGAUCUCAUUAAAAAACAACCGCAACUCUUUGAUGAAUAUCACGAUGGAUUCCGGUCUCAAGUUCAAUCCUGGCCUGAAAAUCCAGUCGACGUUUUUGUCGAACAGUUCCGUGUUAGAUCUCAAAAACCGGUUAAUGCCCCUGGCGGAUUGCCAGGUCUACCGUCUGACAAAACAAUUGUCGUUGCAGAUAUGGGUUGUGGUGAAGCCCAGCUAGCACAUGAUUUGAACAAUUUUUACGCUCAGUACAAUCGCAAGCAGAAAAAACAUUUUAAAAAGAAGUGUGUCGUCCACAGUUUCGAUUUAAAGAAGGCUAACAAACUGAUCACAGUGGCAGACAUAAAAAAUGUGCCGCUUCCAGACCAGUCAUGUACAGUAGUGGUUUUCUGCCUAGCUUUGAUGGGAACAAAUUUCCUGGACUUUAUAAAAGAAGCUUACAGACUUCUAGUGCCGCGUGGUGAAUUGUGGAUUGCAGAAAUCAAGUCUCGUUUUGCCGACCGCCAGGGCGACGAGUUCGUGAACGCGAUCAAGCUCAUGGGAUUUUUUCACAAAAAGACCGAUGAUACUAACAAAAUGUUCACCAGAUUUGAGUUUUUUAAGCCUCCACAGGAGAUCAUAGAAGAGAGGAAGGCUAAGCUCGAGCGGAAACAAAAGUUUAUCGAGACUGAAACCGAAAAGGAGGAGUUCGACAAAAAGAGAUCAAAGGCCCCAGAAGGUAAGUGGCUAUUAAAGCCAUGUAUCUACAAAAGAAGAUAG